AACUCGUGGGGAACUCCAGUGAGGCUGGCAGAGGUUCAAGCUCAAGAAGUUCGUUACCCAGGUGAACAGCCUGGGCUGGGCUUGAAGCCCAGAUGUGUGUGCUUGCCUGCACCUUUCAUGGUUAUUCCUGCUUCAACAAAGCUGUUCGCCAGGAGAAUUCCAUGCAAAUAUGAUGCUUUGUACUUAAACUCCGUAUGUGAGUUUUCAUUCCGGAGAAUAGCCUUGAGAGGGAGGCAGAAGAGAUGCAGCCUCUUAGCAGGUUAACAAUAUCAGAGGCUGGAGCUGUUGCUGAUCCCAAGAGCCAGGAUCCAGACCUUUUUAUUUGUGGUCUUCUUGAAUUUUCUUUGGGAAAAUUUACAUACUUCAAGCUCAGCAGGCCCUUCCCAGAGGAAGCUAUUUUGCGUCACAUUUCCAUCAACGCAACUUUUCUUAUUUUUCAAAUACAUUCGCAGUAUCAGAAUACAACGGUGUCUUUUUCUAAGACUCUCCUUCCCAGUACUUCAGGAACAGGUACUGACGUAGGACUGGUAUUCAUUCUUAGACCAGAGCAGAGUAUGUGCAUAUGGUACUUAGAAUCUGCAGAUGCUGAGCCUGUCCAAAAUAUAGCUGUUCCACUCUCCUACUCAGAAAGAGAUCCUAUUCCUGGCGGCUGUAAUUUAGAGUUUGAUUUAGAUAUUGAUCCUAACAUUUACUUGGAGUAUAAUUUCUUUGAAACGAUCAUCAAAUUUGCCCCAGCAAACCUAGGCUAUGCAAGAGGCGCAGACCCCCCACCAUGUGACCUUGAGACGGGCCAGGACUCUAGGUGGAGGUUGCGAUACGAUGUCUAUCAGUAUUUCCUGCCUGAGAAUGACCUCAGUGAGCAGGUGUUGCUGACGCACCUGCAGAGGAUGGCCGAAGUGUCUCAGGUGAAGGCCAAUGCUAUCAAGGUGGCUACCCUCACAGCUAAUGAGAAGACAAGUGUUUACUUCUCCUCUCUCUGGGUACAAGGUGUGAUUUAUAAUGUCAUUGUUCGGGACCCACUUCUGAACACAUCUGCGGCUUAUGUUCCUGCUCACACUUACGCGUGCAGCUUUAAGACAACUCAGGACAGUUGCUCUUCUUUUGGAAGUAUUUCUACCAAAGUGUUCUUUACUCUGUUUGCCCUGCUUGGUCUCUUCAUCUGUUUCUUUGGACACAGAUUCUGGAAAACAGAAUUAUUCUUCAUAGGUUUCAUCUUCAUGGGGUUCUUCUUUUAUAUACUGAUUACAAGACUGACACCUAUUAAAUAUGAUGUUCGUCUGAUUCUAACUGCCGUGACUGGGAGUGUUGGCGGAAUCUUCCUGGUGGCUACGUGGUGGCGAUUUGGAACCCUCAUGUUCUGCAUGAUAUGUGUUGGACUAGUGCUGGGCUUCCUCGUCUCUUCAGUGACAUUCUUCACUCCACUGGGAAAUGUGAAGAUUUUUCGUGAUGAUGUAGUGUUUUGGGUGACCUUCUCAUGUAUCGCUGUUGUCAUUCCAAUAGUUUUCGUGGGCUGCCUAAGAAUACUGAACAUACUGACUUGUGGAAUCAUCGGCUCCUACACGGUGGUUUUGGCUAUUAACAGUUACUUAUACACCAGCCUUUCCUACAUCACUUUGAAUGUACUCAAAAGAGCACUCAACGUGGAUUUCCGCAGUGCUUUUACAAAUGUGCCUUUUCAAACUACUGACUUUAUUAUUCUGGCUGUAUGGGGGAUGCUGGCUGUCAGUGGGAUUACAUUACAGAUUCGAAGAGAAAAAGGACAACCUUUCUUCCCUCCCCACCCUUACAAGUUAUGGAAGACAGAGAGAGCACGCAGAGUAACAAACAUCUUGGACCCUAGUCACCACAUCCCUCCACUGAGUGAGAGGAUAUAUGGCCGCUUAGCCCACAUCAGAGAGUUCUUCCAGGGGGGGCAGUCGGCCGGAGAGAGAACGCCUCUUCUCCUGUAGAUGCCGAAGGCCUUCACUUCGUGAUCUUGACGUACAACCCGAGCACUGUCUCUAGUGGGGUGUUAUGCACAGACUGCUUCAGUGAUCAAGACUGUAAGUCUAAUAAAAGAGCAGGCUUAUAUAGGAAGGGGAUUCAAAAGUCCGUGAGGAAAUGGAAUGAAAAGAUAGUGGAAUUUUCCCAUUAGUGAUUUGCAUUAGAUUAUGGUCUCUCUAUUGCUACAUGGUAAGGGCAUGGUAGGGAAAUUCGGGGAGCUAGAGGGAGAGAGUGAGUGAGAGAGACUGAUAGUUAAAAAGAUGGUGAUAGGGAACUUAUUCCACAAUGCUUGAAAAAUUAGUUUUGGGGAAAAUUUGAAAUUAUAUUGGGUCACAAAUACAUGAUUAGUUCAUUCCAUUAAAUAGAUAUAUUAAAGUGCAUCAAAGACAACAUGAUCCUCCUACAGAAACCUGGUAUUUCUCUUCAUAGCUCCACGAACAUCUCUCUCACCUGUGGUUUGAUUUAAAUGUUAUAAUGAAUGAUGACAGCUCAGAGGUUCUGGGCCUGGACACCAGACCAGGUCUUCCAUGGCUGCUGCCCACACUUUGUGAGUUAACGAUUUAAGUGCUGCUGCUGCUGUGGGUGGGUGGUGUGGGUGUGUUUCAAAGUACAAUAGAUUUUUGAAGUUUCGGGCUACUGGAAAAAUCUUCAAUUUUUGCUUUUCAAAAUGUUUUUAGGAAGAUGAAACAAAAUGAAAAAUGUAAAAGUAAUUUUUGUCUCGAGAGAUUAUAUGCAAGUAUUUAUUCUGUAAUACAACUUUCACAACACUUAAAAUUUGGAGGGAAAAAAAUGUUUUUUCUAAUUCACCGUGGGAUCCCUUGUUUCUAAGUCAUAUCUUUUGUACAUUCUAACAAAGUUGUAAAGAAUGUUUGAGAGUUAUUUUCUGUGCCAUCAAAAUGCACUGACAGCCAAGACUGUAAAGAAGCAGGACACUCCUUUUCUGGGGAAAAAUAUGAAGUGUUAAAAAUUUUUCAUAUUAAAUUUUGAUUAAUAACAAGACAGUUCGUCUAAUUUGUAAUAAAUAGUUUGAAAAAUGAA